CCUCCCUCCGUCCCUCCCUCACUUUCUCCCUCUCUCUCCCCCUCCCCUUGCCAUAUCUGCCGCCUUUGCUCUCCCCUCCGCUCCUCUCCCUCAUCACGCUCGCCUCAUGUUCCCUUCUAGAUUUCUUCACCUCUGCACUUGUUUUGUCCUCAUGUUCCAGUUUGUUCCCCCGCUCAGGGUGGAGUUCUACUUUUGCCAUGGCAGGCCUUCAGUGUAUGCAUGUGUGACGAUCGGUUUGUGAUCUGGUUGAGCUCGGGUUGCAUCUAUGGAUGAGGCGGUGCUGGAACGGGUGACCAUGCCUUCUCGGUUUGUGGGUGCAAGCCUGCAGGUGUUUCUGUUUGUGUCUUGUCAUUGAGGAGUGUCCACAUCGUAAAGGAAAUUGAGGGGCUAGCUGUAUGGAAGCGAAUACAUGCACUCAAGGUUGAAAACGUAUAUGCACAUUCCAGGAUCUGAUGUCAAUUUGUACUUCUUUUGUGAGAUACCUGAACGUUGAGGGUUGGUGGUAGCAAACGUCGACAUUGCGAGGGUGAAAUAGCAUUGGGGGUAGACGCCUAGCAUUGGAAUUACUUUUAUCUUGAUUUAUUCGCUCUCACACAGAACCAGCCAGCGUUGAGCCUUUUGGAAGUCCUCCGAACUGAGCCUACACGUCGCUCGCACAGACAAUAGAAAUAGAAGAUACUAAACCUGGUCUUAGGGGGUCGCAAGAUAUCAUGGAUACAGAUUGUGAGUUUAAUUCACCAUGGAUAUUUUCUCCUCAAUUUCGCCAUCAUCCUCUCUGUUUCUCUGACCCCGUAGCCUCCCAUCCAGUUCCUUUACAUUUAUGCCCAACUUUUCUUCAGAGCGCAUGUAUCAGUGUGAGAGCUUUAGGAAGAUCAAUCAUGGACGCAACCAAUUUUGGAACGCCAAGUACACAGGCUGGAAUCACCUGUCUUAGGAAUAGGGAUUCGGAGAGGCAAACUAGGCAACUAGGACAUCAAAGUGCUGUAACCAAAGUGUUGAAGAUUCAGCUGAUGAUUUAGUUUGAAUUCAUUAGAUGACUUCAGCAACAUAACGAAGAUGGGGGUGUGCUAUUCUAGAGCAGGGUGGCUUGGAACCAGCACUGAAACCUACACGGAUUGCUCCGAGCUGAGUACCAGCAACUCGAAGUCCUUGAUCUACGAGUCGCCAAGGUGGUCAGCAGACACAGGGGACAAGGGUAAACUUGCCACUCUCUUCUACAAGAGACGGAAACGGCGGCGGUAUGGUGGGAAUCCAGACCUUUUCACAGCUCGCUUGGAGGGUUUGCUAGGUGGAAUCCAGAACUUCCAGAUAAAGCAUUCACCUGGAGAUAUCACAUUUGCAUCAUUUGUGGGAACACCGUUUGUGAGGAACUUGGAAAUGCAAGGCAUGGAUGCUCUGGAAAGAUCUUAUGCUAUCUCCGCUGCAAAAGCGUCAGCUAGGAACACAUUUUUGCUCUUGCAGGAACGCGAUAAGUCCGAGACUGUCGAAAUCUUUGCGCCUAUGAUAAAAAUUCAGACGCCGGGCAGCAGCUCGGUUGAGCUAGAAGUUGAGAAUAGGAUUAUCAUAGUUGACGACGAUGACGACGACAACGAUAUUCAAGUAGAAUCAGAACUAGAGGAUGUCGCUGAAGGAGUGCAGUUAGAUUCUCCCGAAGAUGGUGCCAAUAGUGUGGUACUGACCGAAAGCAAUUCUCCCAAUACUGUACAAGAUGAGGAUAUGAGGUCGUCUGAAUUUUCAGAGUCUAUGUUUGAGGAGGACAUAGAUCUAGGGGCACCUUAUAAAGCUGGUAUGCAGAAGGUGGAGCUGAGGUCAUUUUUCGAAUCGUGCUUUCCAGCUACAGGUCGGUGGGCCUCCGUGGUGAGUGCAGCCAGGCAGUCUGCCUGCUUACCAAGAAUCAACAAUUCUCCACUUCGACGAAACUGCACUGAGGUGUGUGAAGCAGCCGCUCCCCCAUUGCAUGAGCUUUUGAGGUUCGAGAUCCGGGGUGAAACUUCUCGGGAAGUAGUGGACAGAUUGCACCUCUCAGAUGGAUAUCACAACUAUCGACACACGAUUUCGAAGGGUGGCCGAUUUUCGGACAGCAGUCAGACAUGCUCUAAUGCCGGUCAUGCUUGUGUGAGAUGUUGUGGCUCGGUCGCGAGCAGCAGAUACUCCGACAGUGAGACGUGCUCUGAGGGUGGACAUGCUUGCAUUGGCUGCUGUGGUUUAAAAGAGCGCGACGCCAUGAGCCUUUCGAUUUCAACCCGUAGUCGAAGAACGGAGAUUGAGACAGGAUCGAGCUCAGAAUACCAGUUUCAACAACGUCGGGACGAUUAUUCCGGAAAUGUUACCCUCAUGCAACUCGUUGUGUCACCAGCUUCUACGUCAUCGAGUCAUGAGCCUCCUGCAUCAGCUGAAGAUACCGAGGACAGAAUCAAAAGGGACUUGUGUGUUGCGCCCAUGUCUACUCCCACAGAAGGUCUCAGAGUGGACAUCCCAAAGCAGCAAGAGGAUGCAGGACCUUUUAAAUACUCCACUACCCCUGUGUGCACUACUCCCGAACCUCUGGUGGUCGUUGAGGCAUCUGAACCGUUGGAUCGAGUCGAUUCUGAUCGGGAUAUGUUUUUUUCGUUUCCUUGCUCGCCAUCAGCGAAAGCCUUGGAAGAGUUGGGGUCAGGGCACAUAUUUGAAGAAAUGAAAUCGGCAAAAUUGAUGGAGCACAGGGGAUUGCGGCGGAUCGCAGAUGAGGACGAUGUCGAGGGUGGGGAAGAAGAAUUGGAGGGGCCCCGGAGCCGAACUGAAAGCCCGCGCGGCGGUAAUGCAUUGUUGAAAGGAGCAUUCGGGUCUCCGUUUCCAGUUCUUGGUGCCAGCGGGCGGAAGACAAAGCCAGUCCUUGACAAGAAGCUGAAGCUGAUCUCCUUAGAACGGGCAAAUUCUGCGGCUCUCGCCAAAAAGCAUGCAACUAAUUCAGAUGGAGUUCUGACCAGCAGCUCGGACUCGUAUAUGGACACUUCAUCAAGCAGCCAGCUGUCUCGCCAACGGGACAAUCACGACUGGGACGAUUACAGCUCAGACUUGUUCGAAAUUCCGGACAUGCAGCCCGUGGCUCUGCAAUCGAGGUUUCCCGGUGUUAAUCUGUCAUGCCUUCCCAUCAAGUCAAGCUUUGGCUGCAGUGAUGAGGGUGCAUGUAAGGGAUCAUCCAAAGUGGAAUCUUGUGCACCAUCAUAUAAUUCAAAUGCUCUGAAAUAUCAAUUACGCGGGGCGAACGCUAUGCGAGGAGCAGACACCCGUGCCAAAAUCCUGAGAGAGAUGGCCACAAGAAAAGCAAAGUUCGAACAAGGGAGUGUGCCAGCUGCUCCUUCAAGUACAGCCAAGCAAACCAGUAAUCACCAGAGCAUUUCUGUGAUGGUGCUAAGUUUACUUCGCCGAAGACCCGUUGACGACAAGCACACACCUGGUAAUGGUUGCCCUCUGUCAACAACCAAACCAUCGCUUGUUGUAGGGUCAAUUCGUUCAGUCAAUGGAGAGUUAAAACCCCCUCAUCCUUCUUUUGGAAUUGAUGGCAAGUUCAACAAAUCCCUUAGCAUUAGAGACGUUCUUGAAAGGCAAGAGAGGCAGAGAGACCAUUAGUUGUAACAAUGUUGCACUUGAGAUUGCGAAGAUCCUGAAAUAAUUAAGAUGGUCAAUGCGAGAGUGUCUACCUACGAAAUUACUUAGAAACGGGGGUAAUUCCGCAGACCAGUGUUCCGCUGUGCAGAUUUGGCAUUACCAUAUUCAGAUGUAGGCCAGCUUACUUCCUCAAUAAAAUAUUACUCUAGCCUCUACAAAGAAGACACUGAACGAUACAUUGUAUGAAGAUAAAAAUUAUAACAUGUUUGAGCCCUUGUUCAAGUUCGUUCAA